CCAAACUUGUAUAAAAGGCUCGCGCGUUGAAGAGUUCAUAUUCUAUCAAUUUACGUUGGCGGAAAUAAUCAUGUUGUUCUACUUGUUAGCUUUCGUAGCUCUGGCUUCGGCCACCCCUAUGCCUUCUGUUAUUCAACCAAGGUUCAUGGGUUUGCACCCUACUGAAAAGAUUGUUGGUGGUCAGCAAUCCAGCCUUGGUCAGUUCCCAUGGCAGGUGAGCAUGCAGCAGUUUGGCAGACACUUCUGCGGAGGUUCCUUGAUCGCCAAGAAAUUCGUCAUGUGUGCCGCACAUUGCCAAAUCAGCGCUGGAGUUACUGCAAACCUUGGAGCCGUGAACUACAACCAACCGGAGCAAACAAUCGGCCAACAAACCUUCACCCCUCACCCACAGUACAAUAGCAACACCUUCGACUACGAUUAUGCUGUUAUCACUUUGGCUUCUGAAGCAACAUUGGGUGGAAAUGUGAAUACAAUUAAAUUGGCAGCACAAGGCAAAGAAUAUACAGGAAUGGCUUCAACUUCUGGAUGGGGUUACACCACUCAGUUCAACCAACAGACACCAACGAUGAUGCAAUACAGCGACAUUCCAUUGGUAUCUCAGACAAGCUGCCAGUCUGUUUGGGGAAGCGUGAUUACUAUCACCAACCGAAUCCAAUGCGCUGGUGGUAACGGUCAAAUCAGCUCUUGCAUGGGCGACUCUGGCGGCCCAUUGACCAUCAAGGACAAUGGUGAAGACAUUCUUAUUGGAGCCGUAUCAUGGGUACAAAGCAACUGCAGCCCCAACUACCCUGGUGGUUACGCUAAGAUAUCCGCACAGAGAUCUUGGAUUGACUCAAUCAUGAGCUAAACGAUCUUUUCGCUUAACAAAUAAAUUAAGCGAUGAAAUAAACGAAUAAUUAAAGAUUAA